CUGGAUGAAGCCAGAGCCUUCUAUGUCGAGCUGUACACCUCACAGGGCAUCCAGGGGGACUGUGUGGAAGAGAUCAUGGCCGGCAUAAGCAAUCAAUUGAGCAAAGAGGACAGGGACUUCUGUGAGGGACAGCUUGGUAUCACAGAAGCGCAGGAGGCGAUCGUCCAGCUCAACAAGAACAAGAGCCCGGGUUCAGAUGGCCUGACGGCGGAAUUCUUCCAAUUCUUUACACCCUCUCUUUCGCCCAUGCUGCACAGGCUGUUUGAGACGAUGCGGAAGGAGUAG